CUCUGUCUGUGGUGAGUGACGACCAGUCCCUGUUUGAUUCGGCCUAUGGAGCGACCUCGCAGCUAGCCAAGGCAGAAAUGACGGCGUCGGGGAACGCGGACUAUGGCCAGCCGCAUAAGAUUAACGCCAUGCCGCCGCACCAAGAAUGGAUCAACCAACAACCUAUGCGGGUGAACAUCAAGAGGGAAUACGAGCACAUGAACGGCUCCAGGGAAUCUCCGGUGGAUUGCAGCGUCAACAAAUGCAGCAAACUCGCCGGGUCGGAGAACAACGGGAUGACUUACAACACCUUCAUGGAUGAGAAGAGCGCCCCUCCCCCUAACAUGACGACGAAUGAGAGAAGAGUCAUUGUCCCAGCAGAUCCCUCGUUGUGGAGUCAGGAUCACGUGCGGCAGUGGCUGGAUUGGGCCAUUAAGGAAUACGGAUUGAUGGACAUCGACUCGUCACUAUUCCAGAACAUGGAGGGGAAGGACCUCUGCAAAAUGACGAAGGAGAAUUUCCUGCGCAGCACAUCUCUCUACAACACGGAGGUUCUCCUCUCUCAUCUCACCUACCUCAGGGAAAGCAGCUCUUCGCUGGCGUACACGGCACCUUCACACACAGAGCAAUCAUCAAGAGCGACCCCCAAAGAAGAGCCCUCGUAUGAGUCCGCGCGGAGAUCGGGCUGGGGAAAUAAUGUGAACUCGCCUGCUACAAAAAGUCCUCCCGUUGGGGGAACACAAAAUGUGAACAAGAAUGCAGAACAGCAACGCCAGCAGCCAGAUCCCUACCAAAUACUGGGACCCACAAGCAGCAGGCUGGCGAAUCCAGGCAGCGGCCAGAUCCAGCUGUGGCAGUUUCUCCUGGAGCUGCUCUCCGACAGCGCCAACGCCAACUGCAUCACCUGGGAGGGCACCAACGGGGAGUUCAAAAUGACGGACCCGGACGAGGUGGCGCGGAGAUGGGGCGAGCGGAAGAGCAAACCCAACAUGAACUAUGACAAGUUGAGCCGGGCGCUGAGAUAUUACUACGACAAGAAUAUCAUGACCAAGGUCCACGGCAAGCGCUACGCCUACAAAUUUGACUUUCACGGCAUUGCCCAGGCGCUGCAGCCUCAUCCCACCGAGACCUCCAUGUACAAGUACCCAUCAGAGUUCUCCUACAUGCCCCCUUACCACGCUCACCAACAGAAGGUCAACUUUGUCCCGUCGCACGCUUCCUCUAUGCCAGUGACGUCGUCUGGCUUUUUCGGACCGACUUCGGCGUACUGGAGCGCGCAGAAUGCCAACAUCUACCCGCAACCGAGCCUCCCCCGGCAUCCCAACACCCAUGUCCAGUCGCACCUGGGAAGCUUCUAUUAGACUUCCGACUCCUUCGUUAGCGCGGUAACUCUCUCCGCUGAAAUAC